GGGAGAGAGCGAAAAGAAAAAUCCAGGGGAAUGUCUGUGAGUCUGAGGGAACCGGUGGGCAGGAGAGAGACUCUGGACGACAGACUGAAGGAAACACUGGUUUAAAAAUACCCUCCCUCUGUUUCUAGAAAUAGAUUGUGGACAACUUAAUCAGCGUGGAGCGGCUUUUUCUGCGCGCUUUUUGGGAAACUAAAAGUUUGGAAGACAAUACUCCACACUGGGAUCGACCAAAACAACAGCAUAAGGGAAAAAGCAACAAGACUUUUGAGCAGCGCGGAGAUUCUUUUUUUUCCACGGCCUGUCUGCUUAAAAAGGGGAACUGAAACGAUCGGAUUCGGGUUGUUUUGGUCCCAUCAGCGGAUAAUCACAUUUUGCCAUCUGCAGGAGUCAGAGCAAAACUUGUUCCCAGCGCACAACUUUGGAUCUUUGAGCUGCUGAGAUGCGGUGAUGGAGUCUGCUGAUGUUUCUAAGAUGACUGCUCCUCUCCUGAAGCUCAUUUUCAGAGGUGGUCUCAUUUCAAGAAAAACCAUGAGCGGGUCUAAGUGGUCGCUUUUGAUUUUCACCGUCGUUUUAUCCGCCUGGAGUCCAAUAGCCGCCGGUACACUGACAGAUUUGGAGUUUGAGCGGAGUCCUGCUACUGUCAUCUCUUCACUGGGCAAACCUGUUACGAUGCAAUGCACCCUGAAGGGUACAGGGGGUGAGGAGGAGGACCCGCAUGAUGUGCUGUGGCUGAGAGACGGCCUCUCACUUCAGUAUGCAGACACUAACCAGUUCCAGGUUCACACUGGCAACAGUUGGACAAUCAUGAGCACGCUGAGCAUCGAGAACGUCCAGCUUCCCGACAUGGGCUCCUAUCGAUGUGCUGUCCAAUUAGAAAGCUCGCAGAUUUUGUCUGAGGAGGGGAGCAUUCAGCUGGAGGGCCUUCCUCAUUUCUCCGUGGAGCCCCAGCACAUGUCUAUAGUGGCCAACGUUUCCCUGAGUCUGAGCUGUGUGGCCCACGGACCUCCAGAGCCAGUCAGGGUCAUCUGGCUGCAGGACGGUGCUCCUCUCAACUCCCUGUCUGACCCAGUGGCCCUGUCACCCUCCACACUCAACCUCACAGGUUUGAACAGGACCAGCACCUUUUCUUGCGAAGCUCACAACCGCAAAGGUGUGGCCACGUCCGGGUCUGGUACCAUCACUGUUCUCCCAGCACAGCCUCAGAAUCUGAGAGCUGUGGAGAUCACUCAGACCAGUGUCCGUUUAUCAUGGCAGCCUGGUUUCGGAGGCGUCUACCCGUUAAUCCGUUGCUCUGUACAGGCCAAACGUUCGGGAGAGUCAUUCAGAGCAGGCCCAGACAAGUUGAUCCACAACCAGAAUGUGAAUAUCCCACCAGCCACCCACCUCAUCAGGGACCUGGAGCCCCACAGCCUCUAUACUGUAAGGGUGGCCUGUCACAGCAGUCAGGGCCCAUCUGACUGGUCGCCCUGGGUGGAGCUACGCACCAAAGAAGGAGUGCCAGAAAACCCACCUGCUAACGUGAGUGCAGUGCUUAACGGGACAGAGGUGCUGAUGACGUGGGAGGGGCCUCCUGGGAAGCUGAAUGGAGAACUGCAGGGCUACAUGGUGGAAUACAGCACACCUGCCUCCCAGCAGCUUGUUGUGGAUACUGGAUUGGACACUGAGCUUUCAAUCAAUCUGUCUGUCCCCCUGUCCAAUGUGUCUUUUCGAGUGUGUGCCUAUACAGGGGCAGGCCAAGGACCCUGGACCCCCACACACACUCUGACGCUUAUUGCUCCUGAAAUGGAGGAGUUUAGAGGUCCAUCUUCGCCCCCGGCCUUUUCCUGGCACUGGUGGUAUGUGGUGAUGGCCAUUGCCGGAGCUGUGUCCAUAGCUGUGCUCAUGGCUGUUUACGUGGCCAAGCUGCGGCGCAAGGAGACGCGCUUUGGGGAGGCGUUUGAACCCAUGAUGGAGAGUGGAGAGCUGGUGGUCAGGUACCGCGCUCGCCGCACCUACAGCCGCAGGACUACAGAAGCAACAUUAAACAGCCUGGGCAUCAGUGACGAGCUGAAGCAGAAGCUUCAAGAUGUGAUGGUGGACAGACAUAAACUAACCCUGGGAAAGACCCUGGGAGAAGGGGAGUUUGGCUCGGUGAUGGAAGGGCUGCUGACUCAGGAGGAGUCUGUUCUCAAAGUUGCUGUCAAGACUAUGAAGAUUGCCAUCUGUACCCGCUCAGAGAUGGAAGAUUUUCUCCGCGAGGCAGCCUGCAUGAAGGAAUUUGACCACCCCAAUGUAAUGAGGCUCCUAGGUGUCUGUCUGCAGACUGUGGAGAGUGAAGGUUACCCCUCCCCUGUGGUCAUCCUGCCCUAUAUGAAACACGGAGACCUGCACAGCUAUCUGCUAUACUCAAGGCUGGGAGACUGUCCUGUGUACCUCCCAUCUCAAAUGCUGGUAAAGUUUAUGACUGAUAUUGCCCGAGGGAUGGAGUACCUCAGCAGCAAGAACUUCAUCCACAGAGACCUCGCUGCUCGCAACUGCAUGCUCAAUGAGAAUAUGAAUGUAUGUGUGGCCGACUUUGGCCUCUCAAAGAAGAUCUACAAUGGAGACUACUACAGGCAGGGGCGGAUCUCAAAGAUGCCUGUCAAAUGGAUCGCCAUAGAAAGCUUGGCUGACCGCGUCUACACCACAAAGAGCGAUGUGUGGUCAUUUGGAGUCACCAUGUGGGAGAUCGCCACACGGGGCCAGACACCGUACCCCGGGGUCGAAAACAGCGAGAUUUACGAUUACUUGAGGCAGGGAAACCGACUCAAACAGCCUCCAGACUGUCUGGACAGCAUCUAUGCCCUAAUGUUCUCCUGCUGGCUGCUGAGCCCCAAGGAUCGACCAUCAUUUGAGUCCCUGCGCUGUGAACUGGAAAAAGCCCUAGAGGAUCUGCCGGACCCCCAGGACCCGGACGAGAUCCUGUACGUCAACAUGGACGAGUCUUCCAUGGAGCUCGGGGCCGUCGGUGGUCGUGACCCCAUUGGGGGGCCACCCCCUCUCUGCCUGAAGGGCCUGGACUCUGUGACCACAGUGGAGGUCCACCACCCCAACCGCUAUGUCCUCUGUCCCCAACAUGAGACUAACCGAGCCCUGUCUGACUCCCUGGAGAGCCUGGACAUGCCGGUGUCGUCCUCCACAGCCACACUGCCUCUACAGCCAUCAUGCCACUCCACUCCCAACCCCACCCCAGCUCCGACGCCAACUGUCGAGCUGCUGGAGGACAUGGAAGGGUCCAGGAAAAUUUCCUGGCAGUGAUGGCUUCACUCUUAAAAAAGGACAAGACUCGUCACUACCACGGUGUGCCAUCCUUUCACCCCAGUCCAACAGCUAGGUCUAGCCUCUUGCUACUGACUGUAAGAAAUGUGCCCCUACAUACAUAUUUUGCACAAAUACACUCAUACACACCCAGCCGAAGGCAUUCCAAGGAAGUGAAGGAUUGGAAUUAUUUCCUUUGUCCACUCCCCUCUGUCCUAAAAUGAGCACAAUUCCAAGUGAGUGUAAAAGUUAACGUGUGGUUGCUGUAGUAAGAGGAACACAUUGUUGUCCACACACACUGCAGCACAAUCAGAGAAAUUAAUUCCCAGUCAUUAUAGCAAUAAAACACCACAUCAGCACAACUACCUGUAUACAGCAGAGUGAUCUCCACCUGAUUAAGCUAAAAAAAAAGGAAGAAUCCAGAAAAGAAUCCAGCUCAGACACUGCCAGACUCAACAAACUCAGGAGCUCAAACAUUCCAGUGAGGAAGUGCUAACAUGGAGAACUCGCACCACCCAAGAAAACCGUUCCUUUGAUGGAGAAACCUUACCCGUCCCUGCUUCUGUGGAACUUGGGGCAAAAAAAUAAUCUGAGGACUGGUGGGGAAGAAAGGAAGCCCCAGAGUCCCUUUCACUGAAAGUAUCAUCCGGUGAAGAUGGCUGCCUGCUUCAACAUUAUAGUGAAGGACAGUGCGAAGAUUUUUAGUUUCGAACCAGCAAAAUUAUUGUUGUGGGGUGAAACCCUUUUUGAUGGGUGUCAGAACUUCAUGUGUCAUCAUUUCAAGGAUCAUAUAAUUCUUCAACUGAAGUUCACCAUAACUGAAGACUUUUACCCAACAUCAACAGAAUGGAAUAUGAAUUCACAAAAAAAACGCCACAACUGAAGAAUUAACCAAAAUUUGUGAAAUAAGUGAAACUUUACAGUGAAGCUGUUGUGAAUGAGAAAACUCCAUCUUACGCAUCAAAGAAACCUUCAGCAGUUUGUACCACAGCCAAAUGUAGCGCUCUAACAAACCCCUGCAUCCUGCAAGGGGUUUUACUGCUAGUUGUGCAUUAAGCACUGUGAGCCAUUUAUAGUUCACACAAGGCAACUGUUUCCUUACUGACAGGUGAGACACCUGAGCAAAGCCUGAUUCAACCAGUCUACAUACAUCUUUGUCAUAACUCAGGAACCUGAGACUUUGCUCCACAGGGACAGAGGUACUAGUCAAACCAAGAGGGUUCAAAUAAUAACAGGUAGGCAUAAGGACUGAGGGUAGGUAUGGACAUGAUGGAGUUACCCAAGGCAAAUGGCAGGAUAAGCUCCUCACCUUUGCUUUUGGCACAAGCACAGUGUUAUUACACAUUUUGUAAUUUUUUUUUUUUUUUUUGUAAUGCUGAUCUUUGUUUUUCUACAACUUUGCACUAAUGUUUUUAUAUCAAUGUAUGUUUAUGAUUUGUAUAUCUUUUAAGCUUUUUUUAUUUUAAUUACUUUCUGUAUAUUCUCCAUCAGUCUGUAGACGCCUCUCAUCAAAUCUGUUCACACGUAAAAACUUACACCUUCAUAAAGCCAGAGAACGAGGCCUGUGAAAUCAUUACAGUGCUGAACUCCGUUUGAAGGAGUGUUUUCUGAGCACAGACUGGGAAACAUGACUAACCUCGUCAUCUGACAUCAUCCCGCCUCUCUUUUUAUCUGGGUAUAUUUCUGUUUCUCGAGGUUUAGCACUGUAAAUAGAAGUCUGUUACCAGCAGAGUCAAGGAGGAGGACGAGAAAGCAGCAGCUGAAAAUCGAAUGGAAGAUCGUCCAAACAUCUGCUUUGAGGACAUUAUGCUGCAACUUUGCAUCAUGCAUGCACUUAUUUUUAUAUGCUUUAGUUCAUUAUCCUGUCAUUGGAAUGGACUUGACCAUAUUCCAACACAUAUUUUGGGAGAAUGACAUUUGUUUAUAUAUGAGGCGCUGUGAUUCUCAGUUGUAUACAUCAAAGGUACUUAUAUAUGAGACAGUAUACAGUGGUAUGUUAUACCUGUAGCAUUGCUGAAUUCCUUGUUAAGUGAAAGUGUACAUUUCAUGUAAUACCUUUGGUACUGUAUACCGAUAGUCCUAGAGUGUGAACCACAGAAAGUGGUGCUGAGACGGAGGAACUGGUCAAAUUUGGCCUGUAUGGAUAUUUUCACCAGUUUGAAAGCAGAUACACCCUCUGUCCUAUACCACCCAGGGUGUUUGAAACAGUCCUUCUUCUUCAGUUCAGCAUUAAAACUCAGAAUUUCACAACUUUACCAAGUGCCUUCAGAGAGCCAGUAUUUCGCAUUGCAGUGGAUGCGUGUGUGGAUUGUGAUUCUCCUGGUGUGUUGAAUUGGGAGAAGACUGUACUAUAAUUGCCUUUAUAUUUUCACUGUCAUGAUUUGUAAGCAAUUUUUUAUACAGUACAUACAGUAUUUUGUAUAAGAAAUAAAUGUGUUCUUCCAUGAA